CCGUCCAUGUUGUUGGAUCGAUCGGGUUGUCACGGGAGUAAAGCGGUGGCGAGGCUUAGCUCAUCAGCCUUUAUCAGCCGCCGUUGUCAUCCUCGAUAGGUCAGCAGAGGCGCCCGAUUCGUGGCAAGUUGUACAAAGUCAAGGCCAUGUUCACAGGCGUUGAGCGAUGAGUAUCUGAUGGUAUUCAAAAAGUUCUCCCUUGCCUCAUUCUUCUCCACGGUCUGGCCAGCGUCCAAGACGUCCAGACGUCUUCGGGAGUAGCGGGAGACAAGGUUGCGUUAGCGCGUCGCUCGCUGAUUGGACGAGAGACUACGCGGGCGGAAGCGGCAGGCCCCGAGAAGUCGCAGAAAGGGAAGGCAUGGGAAAUUGGACGCCUGCGUGAUGUCUACUCGACUUCGCUCACACUCUUCGCUCCAUUUCCAACUCCAAUUCAUCGAAUGGUCGUCGGCCUGAUCCAUCAUGGCCGACAGGGAACCCGCCGUGGAGUCCCGCGACCCGCCAACCGGUUGGGAGGGAGCGCCAAACAGGCCUAGCGCCGCGCACAGCUCCUCCUCCUCGUCAGAUAUAUUGGUCGCUCCUGGACCUCCAGCACCCGCGCAACCGUCGGCAUUCGACUCCGUGUUGGCCCUUUCGCCCGUCACAGCCAUGCCAAAGCCCCUUCCUCUCGCAGAGGUGCGCGAUGGUCAUUUGUUGAUCAUCAAAUUCAACUCCCCCACGGCUCGCGAAGCUUUGGGCAAACUUAAAGACCGUCAACCUCCACGUUCCAUUCCUACCCUCAAUCUUUCGCCCGCAGAUUCAUCGGGCGUCAAAGCAGAGGGGCCCGAAGACGAUCAGGAUGGGCCAAACGCCCGCGGCACUUACUCCAAGCAGUACACCCUGCUGCAUCCCGAGAUCGAUUGGGUGCAUCGAGGCCAAGGCCGCUACCUGCCCGCUGCACAGUCUCGUCCAUCUCCCCUCAUCCGAUCAGAAAGCAAUCCCAAAGCGAGUGAUUACAACCUCCGCAAAGUCGUGGACGACUGGCGAAGCAAAGCAUCAGAUCACCCCAUGCCUCCGCGACGCAGAUCUCUGGACGACGAUACAAAGUUCACUACUCCUCGGCAACGACUGUCCCUGCGCCGACAAGUUAGCGAAGCGCAAACUGCUUCUUCCGCUGACCACCUUUCCGUCCGUCCCGCGCGUCGCACCAGACCUCCCUCCUCCGCCGAGUUGGAUCGUCGAAGCUCGCGCAAUCUGACCCAUCAAAACUACAACGAGUCCGACGAGGACGACAGCAUGGCGGGCGACAAGGAGCCGACGUACGACAAGCAGUACGUCGAUGCCCACCCCAACGAGAAGUUCUACCACACCGGCAACGGAUGGUACAAACGUGGCGAUCGUCCCAAAGGCCGCCGUGUCAAGCCGCGCGACAUGGAAGCCCAUGCGCUCAUCCGUCGCAACGAUGGAACCUACCAGUUCGAGGGCGCAAAGACCGUUCACGUCACUCAGCUUGACAACUAUCCCGGCGUCGAGUUCCACCACUGUGGCAACGGCUGGUACAAGCCCGGACCCGAUGCGACCGGUCACCGAUCCUCGCUCGUGGUCGGCAACGAAGAUCUGCCGAUGCACGACGAAGAUGAUGAUGGAGACGAAGCAAACGAGGACGAAGAUGCAGCUGUGUCCAAAGAGUACGCACUGCAGCAUCCCGAAGUCAAGUGGGUUCAUCGCGGAAACGGUUGGUACAAACGUCAGAGCGCCGUCAGCGUCGCCACCACGCAAGCAUCUCAGUCUGGAUCGCCCGCGUACGAGCGCGAUCAAUCCAUCUACUCCAAAGAGUACGUCCUCGCCCACCCGGAAGAAGAGUUUCAUCAUCGCGGUAAUGCGCGUUACAUGAGAGGUCCCGCGCCGGAACACUGGGCAGCAUCGCGCCGCAAGAGGAGCUUUGCAGCAGUCUCGCCCAUGGAUGACGGAGAGGACCGUCUGUACAGCAAGUCGUAUGUUCGCGCACACCCUGACGAAGUUUUCCAUCACCGCGGUCAAGGUCGCUAUGCGCGUGGGCCUCGGCCAAGCCAAACCUACUCGGAAGAUGAGGACGAAGAGGACGAGUUCGAAGAAGAGGAUCCGGAUGGUCUUGUCACUACCGAUUACGUCAACGCUCAUCCCGAGGAGACAUUUCAUCAUCGAGGCCAAGGCCGUUGGGCCCGUGGACUGCCCCCACCCGGCGCUUCUAACAAGACUGCGAUCCGUGGCCCAGGAGGGCGCGAGAGGUCGGAUGCAGCCACGCUGUUGGAAGAAGAGGACGAGUACAACAAGCCGCCUCCCCUCACUGCACUGGUUAUGCGAGCGGAGGGUCCAGACAAGUGGCCCGGCCUGAACUGGUACUACCGCGGAGGUGGCAAGUGGGGACGGUUGACGAAGCAAGACUUUGAAGCUAUGCAAAAGCAUGGCUCUCGCAGGCCUAAGCCCAAACCUCGGACAUCGUACUUCGAUGGUCCGGAGGCGCAGCUUGAGCGCGAGGUCGCGGCUGCGGAAAACGCACGGCGCUAUGGCACCAGAGAUGAUGAGCAACCGGUGAUCAAGCGCCGGCGCACGAACAAGCUUGGUGGCUUUCAGGGUGCAGAAGAUGGGCUCAUUUCAUCCGUCGCGCAAUCGCAAGUGCCGACACCGAGACCGCGCAUGCUCGAGCCCGAGGAAGACGUGCUCCAGGAAGAGGAUUUGCCGCAGCUGUACCGAGAUGACGACUGGUCGCCAGACCCCGAAGAUAUCGACGACUACGGACAGCACCGCCUCCCCAACCUGUACCGUCCCAUCAACCCCGCGGAUACCUUCGUCCGAGCUCUCACCAAGCACGAUCCCAUCGUUCGCAGUCUUGACAACCUCAAACGUCUCGCCGAGAACACCCAACUCGUGCUCAACCAACUCCAAGAUGAAUACCUCUUCCUUGACAAAGUCACCGCGCCGCACAACCGCAUCCCGCGCAAGCCGGCCAAGGGCGGAAGGCUGCCAGUCGAAGAGCAGAUUUUCGAAGACCGGAAAGAAGCGGAACUGUACGACUACGCCUUCGAUGGCCGCCGCAUCGGCUUCCAAGACCCGUAUUCCCAGCGCAUCCAGCGCGACGUCGAUGGUCGCGAGCUUCGCCAUCGUCGCCAACGCGGUACCGCCCAAGCCCACAGCGGCACUCUGCCAGGGUGGAACUUUGGCGACGACGAACCUCUCGGCCCCCGUCGUGCCGUCAAGCCCGUCCAUCGCUUCGACGGCAUCAUCGACCAACCCCGUCGUCGUCGCACCAAUCUCAACAGCAAGGCCCCAAGUAUGACGCCAGACGAUCCCACCACGACUCCCCUCGGCGGCCCGAUGCCUAAUGGCUUUGCACCUGCGACUAGAGGUCGCUGGCGUGGACACGUGCCGAAGCGCAUCCGGGAGUUGAGGGGUGAUAGCGUGGGUGUGGCGAGUAAUAGGGAGGAGAGUCCUGGGAAUGGUACGGGUGCUACUGCGGCUGGUCAUAAGAAGGGCAGACCCCCAGGGAGCAAGAAUUUGCACAAGAGGCGUGACGCGGGGAUCAAGAAGGGGCCUAGGAAGAGUCGGGGAUCUGGUGGUGGGGAUGAGAGGGAGGUUAGUGUUGGGUCGGAGAUGGAGGUGGAUGACGAGGGCGAGAUGGAGGAGUGAGGGUGUUGUUGUUCUGCUUCCUCCUCCUCGCUAUUCUCGGAAUGGAUGGAUGGGGUCUUACGAAUGGAGGGAGAUCGGCUGGACAACGCUGGUGUGUUGGGGGAUGGAAGCAGUGCUGUUUUUCUGCGUUUAGCCUUGGACUGGAGCACUGCUUAUGGCAGCUUUCUCGUCUGCGCUUGGCGCCAUGGUUCCUAAGUGAUGAGAUGCCGAGAAGAUGGGCAUUCUACUGUUGUAUGAUAUCUUCGACGAUCGA